UAAGGCGGGUCCGGAGCCGCCCCAGCCGGCGCCGUGGGGACAGAGGUGCCAUGGCGGAUAUGGAGGACCUUUUCGGUAGCGACGCGGACAGCGAAGCCGAGCACAAAGAUUCAGAUUCUGGAUCUGACUCAGAUUCUGAUCAGGAGAAUGUGGCUUCUGGCAGCAAUGCCUCGGGAAGUGAAAGUGAUCAAGAUGAACAAGGUGACUCUGGACAGCCCAGCAAUAAGGAACUGUUUGGGGACGACAGUGAGGAUGAGGGGGCGUCUCAGCACAGUGGCAGUGACAACCACUCUGAACGGUCAGAUAACAGAUCAGAAGCUUCUGAGCACUCUGAUCACGAGGACAAUGACCCUUCAGAUGUAGAUCAACACAGUGGGUCCGAUGCCCAUAAUGACAAUGAAGAUGAAGGCCACAGAUCAGAUGAAGGGAGCCGUCACUCAGAAGUGGAGGGGUCUGAGAAAGCACAUUCAGGUGAUGAAAAGUGGGACAGAGAAGACAAAAGCGACCAGUCAGAAGAUGAAAAGACACAGAAUUCUGAGGAUGAGGAGCAGGUGCAAGGGUCUGAUGAGGAGAAGAUGCAGAACUCCGAUGAUGACGAGAACAUGCAAAACACAGACGAGGAGGAGAGGCCUCAGCUAUCUGAGGAGGAGAGGCCUCAACUGUCUGAGGAGGAAAAGGCAAAUUCUGAUGAUGAACAGCCAGUGGCUUCUGACAAUGAUGAUGAGAAACAGAAUUCGGAUGAUGACGAGCAGCCACAGAUGUCUGAUGAGGAGAAAAUGCAGAAUUCUGAUGAGGAAAGGCCACCGGCCUCAGAUGAGGAGCGCAGGCAUUCAGAUGGAGAUGAGCAGGACCACAAGUCAGAGUCUGCAAGAGGCAGCGAUAGUGAGGAUGAAGUCUUACGACUGAAACGCAAGAAUGCGAUCGCUUCGGACUCUGAAGUGGACAGUGAUGCCGAGGUGCCCAGAGAUAAUAGUGGAGCCAUGGAUCUCUUUGGAGGUGCAGAUGAUAUAUCUUCAGGAAGUGAUGGAGAAGAUAAACCACCUACUCCAGGACAGCCUGUGGAUGAAAAUGGAUUGCCUCAGGAUCAGCAGGAGGAGGAGCCAAUACCUGAGACCAGAAUAGAAGUAGAAAUACCCAAAGUAAACACUGAUUUAGGAAAUGACUUAUAUUUUGUUAAACUGCCCAACUUUCUGAGUGUAGAGCCCAGACCUUUUGAUCCUCAGUACUAUGAAGAUGAAUUUGAAGAUGAGGAAAUGCUGGAUGAAGAAGGCAGAACCAGGUUAAAAUUAAAGGUGGAAAAUACUAUACGAUGGAGGAUACGCCGAGAUGAAGAAGGAAAUGAAAUAAAAGAAAGUAAUGCUCGGAUAGUUAAGUGGUCAGAUGGAAGCAUGUCCCUGCAUUUAGGAAACGAAGUGUUUGAUGUAUACAAGGCCCCGUUGCAGGGUGACCACAACCAUCUCUUUAUAAGACAAGGUACUGGUCUGCAGGGACAAGCUGUCUUUAAGACGAAACUCACCUUCAGACCUCACUCGACAGACAGUGCCACACAUAGAAAGAUGACUCUGUCACUUGCAGACAGAUGUUCAAAGACACAGAAGAUUAGAAUCUUACCAAUGGCUGGCCGUGACCCUGAGUGCCAGCGCACAGAGAUGAUUAAGAAAGAAGAAGAACGCCUGAGGGCUUCCAUUCGUAGGGAGUCUCAGCAGCGCCGCAUGAGGGAGAAGCAGCACCAGCGGGGGCUGAGUGCUAGCUACCUGGAACCUGACCGCUAUGACGACGAGGAGGAAGGCGAGGAGGCCAUCAGCCUGGCAGCCAUUAAGAACCGGUACAAAGGGGGCAUCCGAGAGGAACGGGCCAGAAUCUAUUCCUCAGACAGUGAUGAGGGCUCAGAAGAGGAUAAGGCUCAACGAUUACUCAAAGCAAAGAAACUCAAUAGUGAUGAGGAAGGUGAACCUUCUGGAAAGAGAAAAGCAGAAGAUGAUGAUAAGGCAAAUAAAAAACACAAGAAGUAUGUGAUCAGUGAUGAAGAAGAGGAAGAAGAUGAUUGAAAUACAAAUGUGAACACUUUUCAUGUAUUUAUUGUACAGCUUGUUUAUAAAUACGGUGUGAACAUGAGUUAUUUUGAUUGAGAUUAAUUGAUUUGCAUAUGUGUAAUUUUAAUUGUAAUAAAAUAUUUUAAAACAA